AUGGAGAGGAUGAUUAUUUUCUGUAUGCUUUUCUUCUGUUCCAGUAUGGCGCAGACUGCAGCUCCAUACAAAAUAGCAAAAUACAAACAGCUUUUGAAGACAAUUAACCUGUUAGAAACCACAGUGAAAGAUAAGGAUGUUGAAUUGCUGCAUACACCAGAAAACCCUACGGAUGGAUGCCUGUUCACAGCUGUGACCUGCUUCCAGAAAGGCAUACUGAAAUUACAACCAGAAAACAGCCAAGUAAAUUCUACAUUCACGCAAACUGUUAAAGUCUUGAAAAGAUUCACCUUGAUCAACCCUAGAAAGGUAGGAUUUCCUCACAAUGCUCAUAAUCGUGAUCAUUGCUCCUUAUUUUCUAUAGCAGACACCACCUGCAAUGGUGGAAUUUCAGAAAGCAAUCUUGUUAGAAAAACCAAUCUGCCUUUCAUUACUUUGGAAAUUAAAAAUGUCCAAUUUUCUGUACUUUUUGGAAAGGCGUUCACUCUGAUCCUAGCAGUCAAUUACAUGUAUGUACUUGGCAACCAUGCAAUUUGCUGGACGAAAGGACAAGGGCUGGCUGAAACCAUUCCCACUUCUGCCCCCUACCAGCCCCCAACAGUUGCAUUUUUUGGGUGUGGGAAGGCAAGAAGGCAAGUUGUAUUUGAUCUGGGUCAGUUCUCUGACCCAGACACAUGCACUGCACCACCACAUGAACUUGCACGACGACAUGAAUUAGCACAACAGCACAAGCAGCCAGAGGAUGUAAACAAGAAUCAAGCAUCAGGAUAA